AUGGCUUUUGCUAUUCGCCUUUUCCUACCAUUUUCUUUGUUAGUCAUCUUCUUGGCCAUCAAUCCCACCAUGAGCAACGCACAAAACACCACAGACGACAUGAUCAACAAAAUCUGUCGUUCAGUGGAAGACUACGGCUUCUGUAAACAAACCUUCGACGACAACUUGCUGUCCCCAGUGCCAGACAUCGUUGACUUGACCCACAUAACAAUACUACAGUCGUCGAGCAACGCGACCAAUACGCUUGAUUUCAUCCGAUAUCUUCUCCGAAACAUGACCAACGACGAUGCUUUGAAGAAAGCUCUCACAGAAUGCGAAGACGCCUACAGAUUGCUGGCGGGGUCUUUCCAGAAUGCAUUUUUGUUCUUCAACAGUAAAGAUUAUGAUGGCGUGUUGUUUGUUGAGAGGGGUACGCCUAGAGUGCAAGCCAGUUGUACGUCUACGUUCAACACUCCUCCUAAUCCUUUCAACCCAUUGGAUGAGAGGAAUAGGCAGAUGAGGAUCUUGAUUACCAUGGCUGUGGUUGCUGCAACUGAACUUACCUCCUAUUGA